AUGAGAAAUGAAGAAGAGAAGAGAAGCGUAUCUGUCUUAGUGUGGAAGAAUGGACAAAAAUGGGGAGAUGAAUCUCAGCCGUUUGAAGGAUCUUGUCUUUGUGCUCCUGGUGUAAAAUUCACCUUAUUAGCUGAUAUAUUAGCAUCUGUUUUAUUUGCUACUCAACAUGGAAACUUCCAAAGACUGUUUCUAGAUCUUGCUCAAUUUCAUGUUCGUCUGGAUUUCCCUUCUGUUGCUGGUAUCAUCCCACCAAGCAUUGACAUGCUUCCUGCUCCUUCUCAUGUACUAUUUCUUGACUGGGCCAGUCAAGUAGUGAGUGAACGGGAGAGCCUCUCCUCAGAAUAUCCAACACCUUUGCAAGCUUUUCUUCACUUCCCUUGA